GAGGAAAUCCUUCUUAUGUAGCGAAAAAAUCAUGAUAAAAUCGAAAAAAGGACUCCGGAUUUCGGGAAUAUGGGCGGUGCACGUACCACGCCCCCACUGGCUUCAUAGCUUUAGUUCCGCGACAAACGCAAUUAAGUUGGGUGGCUAUGCAUGUCGUGGGUGCGUUUCACGCGCAGAGGCGUCAUCAUGACAACAAUUCCUUCCCACCCGGCAGCAGUGCAUCCAAUUGGAAGGACAUAGCUCUCGCACAUCCAGGACAUGCAUAAGUUAAUUAGCUCCGGCAUCCAGAAAGUGCACACCUAUCGCAGGUGGCAGGUGGCAAACGGCGGGCGGCGGACAGUGGAAUGUGUGAUGGAGCAGAAGCUGGACAAACAAAAUCAAUGAACGUACAUAAUAGAGGUUGAGCAGGAUGUUGGACGAGGUCCUUCCGCCGCUUUAACGAUGUUAAACUUUCAGAGCCACUCAAAAUGUGUUGCAUUACGAGUGAAUUUCCGCUUCCGUUUGCGUCAGCAGCGGUGGCAAAUUAAGUUUGCAGCUAAAGUUGGGUAGUUGGGUUACAGCCAAGUGCCUCUAUCCACAAAUACUCAAAUACUGCAGCACAAAUACUACGGCAUGCUUGUCAAUCUUUUGUCAAUUAACAAGCCGGAGGCAGGAUAAUUGCAUGUGGGUUGAAAUCAGAUUGCUUUUUUGGCACAAUGCAAAAUUACUCGACCUGCAAGCCAGAGCCACUGGAGUUUGUCAUCAGAUUGUUUGUUGAAUGUCACACGAACAAUUACAAAUCUAUCUAUCUAUUGUGCGAAAUGCCAACAAAGGACACACACGAUUUGACUUUAAAGUGCGCUCAAUAUAUGCACUCAAUAUAUGCAAAUCGAUAACAAAAUGCGCUUUAAACAUAAAACAAAUACGCAAGUUUAGAGAAGUGCAAUAUUAUCAUUAAGAUAUUGGUGGUUCUGUCUAAAUAUUAUAUUAUUAUAUAUAGGUCACUUCUCCAUUUAAGAGCAGGCAUAUGUUGAUUCUUGUGUAACGAUGUUGGAGUAGUAGGAAGUAACAGAAGAUGGUAUGCGAAAAUAUUUGCAUGUCCUGUGGAGCAGGAAAAAGACACUUAAACGAGAGGAAAAACAGCUUGACAUUGACAUUGGAAGAGCCAAAGGAAGGAAGCGAAGAGAGAGUGAGUCGCAGCCAGGACAUCGAGAGCUUUGCGAGCUCUCUCUCUCUUUAUCUCUCUCUCUCGGAGCGAUAUAAAAGCCACAUCCUGGCGAGUCCAGGCUGCAUUUGCCAACAAAUCGCGAAAGGGGCAGGACGAGCCCAGCUUCGACCUUCGAGUCCAAACGGCACGCGUUUCAUUCUCGGUUAUUUGUUUGUGUUCCGAAGAUACCCAUGUAGUUUAAACCCAAUGUUGGCUAACAUGCCUGGCCAGAAGGAGCAGCCCCAUCCGAUGCGUAGACCCAUUAGCCAGCUAACACACCAUGUUCUGGACGGCGGUAGCCUCCUCCACACUCUCCUCCAACAGCGCCGAGAGCUCGGCGGGAUUGGCCAGUGCGGCGCCCAGCUACCAGCAGCAGCACACGAAGCCAUCGCCACUGCGAGCAUCCACCAGCAGCUGGCAGCUUAGCAAUGCAGCAUUCAAGUCGCGCCUGCAACAGCAACAGCUACUGCAGCAGCACCAGCAACAGAUACAGCAGCAGCAGCAGCACGAGCAGCAGCAGCAACAGCAACAGGAGCAUCAGCAACAGGAGCUGCAGCAACAGCAACAACAGCAACAGCAGCAGCAAUCUCAGCAGCAACACGAGAACACAUCCCAGCAGGAAGUGCAACCGAGUAGGGAGGACAACAGACGGGCGGUGGGGCAAAAGACCAAGCUUCAGACAGCGAACAUCAAAAAGAAAAUCAGUCCCAAGAGUGAGAGUAAAAUAUUCAAAGCGUUCACCUCCUGCAAGUGCACCCAAAAGUAGGAGUUGGUUCA